CAAACUUCCACUUCUCUUGAUUUCUCAGAGACAAGUACGAGAAUUCUUAGCAUCAUUACAUACUUACCUUGUGCCGCGUCCAUUCUGCCUCACAAAGCAACAUUAACAAAGCUCAAGAGACUUGGCCGAUCGGAGUCCUCAGGCAAAACCGAUAUCGAGUCGUGGUUGGUCUUGACAAACUCGUCGCACCACAUGGAUGAUGAGGAUACGAGCGGACGGUUAUGGUCCAGAGAUCUCAUACAGGAGGACUGGCAAAAGGUCAUGCAAAUCGCUCAGGGAAACCUUCUAACCAGCAGUACCAGAAUUCGCCUGCAGUUCUUACAGGAAGAACUUUUAUGGCUUGCGACCAACGGAGGACUGAGCCUAAGGCAGACCAUGGAUGUUUUCAAACUCCUGACCCAAACAUACCCUCGAUACGUUGAUUCCCUUUCCCGCGAUGCCGUCGAGGAAGUGGGGAUGACGCUGAUUGAGAAGGAUGAGACAGCUGAUGCUGACCAAAAGAUGGGAGUCACAGAGCAGGUUCUAGGGUGGCUUGCGAACGAAGUAUCCCUGAUAGCUAAACGUGGUUCAUCAAGCACAUACGCACCUGCAGAUAUUUUCGUUCUCUUGAGCUGGGCAUGUGGCCUUUAUACGACUUGUCUGCGGUCCUCUCCUGGCUUUACUUCUUCCCCUCUAUGGAAAAUGCUUGUCGAUAUCUUCGCGACACUUCUUGAUAUGCAGCUUAACCGCUUUACGCGAACAAAACCAACUAUGCAGAAAAGUGCGCUUGUCCGUACACGCAGAGCCCUUCGGUCUGCACCGGAACAGAUUCCCGCUCUCAUGACGACACUCAUUGCGCAGGCAAAAUCUAGCCAAACACCCCUCAUACAGCUUUCGUUGCUGAGUACUGCUGUGGAUGUGACACUUCGCUUGAAAUAUGUGAAGGACGAAUCACUCACCCAAAUCUCUCCUGCAAUCAAGGAUGACAUCCUCGAUCUUUAUACGACUUGCGUCGUGAUGUCCAAAAAUCCUGUUCCAUCGCACUCCUCUAGCGCGCUUCAUGAUUUCAUAGGGACUUGUGUAACCUCUAGCGAUCUAACAGCAGCUGUAUUACCAACUAUGGAGAAGGCACUUUUACGAUCACCAGAAUAUUCACUAAGCGUUAUCGCAGAUUUCCUACUCGCGUACUCUCACACCCUCGACUCCGCCACAUUCAAAAAACUCCUCACCGCGUCCCUCAAUUCUGCCAAGUCCAAUAACCCUGUCGUGCGCACGAAUGCCACGGGACUUUUCAAGGUCCUGAUAUCCAAGGAUAUUGGCUCCACGAGCGUCAAUGCAGCCCUUACGGAUGUUUUGGCACUGCCCAAGACCGGUAAAACCACAGGCCCAGAGCAUAGACUUACGCUCUAUGCAAUGCUCGCCGCGAUGCCACCAAGCGCCGAGGUUUCGGUUGUUGUAGUACAGAAUGUGCCUCAGCUGCUUGUGAAGGAAACGACUGACGCAGCUGUUGGGGUGCUGGCGUCAAUCAUGGCUGUGCAUCUUACUUUCAUUCUGAAGACGAACACAAAAGUACCUGCAGACGCGACAACUGUGAUUGCGAAGGAGAUGACUAACCCGAAGCAUGUCAUCAGGAGAGCUUUUGUAUCUAUUACUGGGUCGGCGCUCUGGAGCGUUGACACGGUCGACACCGACGCUGUUCUUGCUUUUUCAAUGGGGGUAACAAGUGCUCUUGAAACGAACUUGAAGGUUGUGACCACAAACCCUCUAACCGCAGCAGUUGGUCCGUUUGAGGGAUACGUUGCCCUAGCUCUACUCAUGGGUCCACUGGCAAAUACGGGGAAGUUCGGCGAUAUCAUAACUCGCAAUGCGUCCAUCGAAGUUCUUACUGGCACCCAAGCCAAGCCGUCAUUCCUGAUCUCGGAUAAAAUAUACCAAAAACUGACUGACACAGAAGACGAGAUAUGGCUUCUGCGUGCUGUCAACCUCUCUCUUUUCCGCCUGAAGAACGAACUGGCUAAAAGCGAACAGUUACGGUUGCAAAUCGGCUCCGUCUUUGUUCACCUCUCUAUUCACUCGCAGUCGUCCGAAGUCCGGAGGUUAGCGAUUCAGACCAUCGAAGCAGCCGUUGCAUUACUGCCACAGCUUGUCAUUCUGAUCCUGCGUGAAGCGAUGACAGCCUCUUUGAUCAAGGAGAAGUCGGCCGCUGUCAAGAGCGCACCAGUCAGAGAGGAGACUGAAAAACCCGUAGACAAGCAGCGAAGGUAUGCGGCAUUGCUACUGUGCUGCGGACAUAAGGAAGAAGCAGGUGCAGGAGAGAAAGAUAAUCAAUUAGUGGACCUCAUUGUCCUAGCACAUCACUCUGCCGUUUGUCCCCCGUCCCGCUUGCUAUGGAUCGAGUUGUGUCAGAAGGCUGGCGUGGACCCGCAUCAUUUAAUUUCUCGGCGCGUUGACCAGGCGAUGACUAGCAUUUUGACGGCAUCUGCCAUCGAUUCGAAGUUUGGCUUUGCGGACGCGAGCUAUCAAGCAAUUAGCACAUUGGCGUUUGUAUGUCCCGAAAAUGCAUUACCGAAGAUCAUGGAGCAGUUACGUGCCGACAUCGAUUCUUCGAAGAUCAAUGCACUGUCCGAGGCUGAGUUCGGUAUCUGGAAAACACCAGAAGGCACGACGUACGUAGAUGUUCUCUCAUCUCAGAAGGUCGAGGAAGGUCCCAAGAAGGGGAAAGAUGCGGAUAUCGCUCGCUGGGAGGCCGAACUCCGUAAAUCGCUUGCGAACAAGAAGGGCGCUGCGACAGCUACGCUGUCGAAGCAAGCUCAAGCGCUCGUCCAAGCACAGCUGGACAAGGAAGCAAUUGUGCGGCAACGAGUCACCACCACCAAACUCGAUCUGCAACGAGGGCUUUCGUACGCGCAGAGUUUGGCGUCCAUCAAUGUCCCCGAGUUGCGGAUGUAUGUUUCGUUUAUCUUAUCGCUCUUGUUGGAGGGAGCUAUGGGCCAAGGGUCGAGGCUUGUCGGGUCGCAAGCCUUCGAAGCAUAUUUGGACCUCGCCAAGUGCUGCUCAGUGCGUUUGGAUACGUUCCAUAAGUGGGUUGGUGUGGCCACAUUACGAAGCCUUGAGAUCGCGUCGGUACCCGAGGAACUGCGGGCUGAACAACUUAGCUCUCUUGUGCUACGUGUUCUCUAUCGUCUGCGAUCGCUGUCAGAGCAAGCUCCAUUUGAUGCUGCAACCUUUUCCUAUGCAUUCCCGCUCCUUGCACAUGUGUUGCUGAAGGGCGGUGUAGACGCCGGGGAAGAUGAUGGCGAUGAAGCACUCGAGCAAGUAACUCUUGUGCUUGACAUCAUCAGGUUUCACUGCAGCGAAUUUUCGGAUGCAGCAUUUCCCCGAAAAGCAACCAUGGAGCAUGUUCUUCACGUCGUUAGACAUCAACCGCGGCUUAGCAAGGAAGCGUCAUCUGUUCUCAUUGACCUCGGAGAGGCUGUGCAGUCAAAUGCGACUCGCGAUGAGGUCGGCGUGCUCAUUGAUGGCACAUUAUUACAAGAGGUCUAUGUUAGGAACGCUUGCCUGCAAGCCAUCCAGCCAUUUGACUUGACCGAUCUCGAUUGGUCUCCGCAACUUUGGAUUGCCUGCCACGAUGACGACGAGCAGAAUGCCCGUCUUGCCAAUCAUGUGUGGGAGGAUAACGGCUUGGAUGUCCCAGAAGAUUUCCUUGACAAGCUCUUGAAUUAUCUGGACCACAACAAUGCGUACGUGCGAACCAGCACGGCAUCGGCCAUCGCGGAGGCUGUGAUUUAUUGGCCUCGAAAGAGUGCAUUGACCGUGGCUGCUCUCCAAGACUUCUACCGGGAGAAGGCUAAAAUUCUUGCACCCGAGUUCGACGAAUAUGGCAUGGUUAUUGCUUCCAGCCUUGAUCGCUCCGAUCCCUGGGCUGCGCGGGUUGCAGUUGCCCUUGCAUUUGAGCACCUGGCUGAAUCAUUCACAGAGGACCAGAUUGAACCAUUCUUCGUAUUCUUGAUUGAGGACGAAGCAUUGGGUGACAGGUCACCAGACGUGCGCCGCAGCAUGCUUCGGGCUGGAACGGCCGUCAUCGACCUUCAUGGCUCAAAACGACUUGCAGGGCUACUCUCGACUUUUGAAGAGCAUCUAGGUGGCCCAAGUCCCGCGAAUGAAACAGGAGAUCAAAUCAAGGAAGCCGUUGUCAUUCUGUUCGGACGUGUCGCCAGGCAUCUCGACGCCUCAGACACACGCAUUCCCAGCAUUGUCAACCGAUUGGUCGAAGCACUUAAGACUCCAGCAGAACAAGUCCAAAUAGCUGUUUCCGACUGUCUUGUCCCCCUAGUGAAGCUCAUGGGCCCGGGCGUUCGAGAGCUCGUUGAUCACUUGUUCGAGGAACUCUUCAAUGGAACAAAAUACGCUAGUCGACGGGGAGCCGCCUACGGUCUUGCAGGUACCAUCAAGGGUUUGGGAGUAGGCGCCAUGAAAGAAUACGAUGUCAUCAACCGCCUCCGGACAGCUGCUGAGGAUAAAAAGCGUUUCGAAACACGUCAAGGUGCACUGUUUGCAUUCGAAACUUUGUCAAAUACGCUCGGUCGACUAUUCGAGCCCUAUAUCACAUUUAUCCUCCCCAUUCUGCUGACCGCAUUCGGUGAUGCGACAGCGGAUGUACGCGAGGCUGCUCAGGAUGCGGCAAGGGUGAUCAUGGGUAAUAUGUCUGGAUAUGGCGUCAAGCUCAUCCUCCCUUCCUUACUGUCUGGUUUGGAUGAGAAACAGUGGAGGUCUAAAAAGGGUUCCAUUGAAUUGAUGGGCAUGAUGGCUUACUGCUCGCCUCGACAACUAUCCCUAUCACUGCCCAUCGUCAUUCCGCGCCUUACUGGCGUUCUGACAGAUACCCAUGCUCAGGUCAAAACUGCAGCCAACAAGAGUCUGAAGCAGUUUGGAGAAGUCAUUAACAACCCUGAGAUACAGGCCCUUGUUCCGACGCUACUGAAGGCGCUUGUGGAUCCUGCGAAGACGACGAACGCUUUGUCAGCCCUCCUAAAGACAUCAUUCAUGCACUACAUCGAUCACUCUUCUCUGGCGCUGGUCAUACCCAUUAUCGAGCGCGGAUUACGGGAACGAGGGACGGAGGGCAAGAAGAGAGCCGCUCAGAUCGUUGGCAAUCUCGCAUCUUUGACGGACUCCAAGGAUUUUGUGCCGUACUUGUCUUCACUUUUGCCAUUGGUACACGUUGUUCUGGUUGAUCCCGUGCCGGAAGCACGGGCGACUGCUGCCAAGGCGCUUGGGACGCUUGUUGAACGUCUCGGAGAAGUGCACUUCCCCGACGUUGUUCCCGGGCUUUUGAGAACACUUAAGACCGACACCUCGGGUGUUGAUCGACAAGGUGCGGCUCAGGGCCUCAGCGAAGUGCUGUCUGGGCUCGGCAUGGAGCGACUCGAGGGCCUUCUCCCUGACAUUAUCGCCAAUGCUCAGUCCCCGCGGAGUACAGUCAGGGAAGGUUUCAUGUCUCUCCUCGUGUAUCUACCUGCCACCUUCGGCGCUCGAUUCCAACCUCAUUUGCCGAAAAUCAUAUCCCCCAUUUUGAGCGGACUGUCUGAUACGGAAGAGUAUGUCCGGGACGCUGCUAUGCGAGCAGGGCGGAUGAUUGUUACCAAUUACUCCACCAAGGCAAUCGACUUGCUCCUGCCAGAACUUGAGCAGGGCAUGUUCGAUGCCGGCUGGCGCAUCAGGCAAUCAUCAAUCACUCUGGUUGGAGAACUCUUAUUCAAGGUGUCAGGCAUUAGUGGAAAGGCUGAAGUUGCAGACGAAGAGGAGGUCGCCGAAGUUGCGGUUGUCGAAUCUUCUCGUCGCGCUCUCACAGAGGUUCUUGGAGAAGAACGUCGUAACCGUAUUUUAUCGGCAUUAUAUCUUGCAAGACAAGAUGCAGUCAAUGUUGUUCGUCAGUCUUCCAUUCACAUCUGGAAGGCACUUGUGCACAACACACCUCGCACUGUGCGCGAAAUUCUUCCGGAACUUGUUGGUCAGUUGGUGAAACUCUAUUCCAGCCAGGAGUUCGAACAGCAAGAGACUGCUUCUCGUACCACGGCAGAGCUGAGCCGCAAGUCUGGCGAAAAGGUUCUGGGCGAAAUUUUCUCAAUUCUUCAUGCCAAGUCACAUUCUCCUGACAUUAGUACCCGUGAAGGUGUUUGCCUUAUGCUAUGCGACGUGAUGGAGAGUACAUCCGGUGCACAACGUGAUGGCCACGAAAAUGAGAUCAUCAACAUGGUCCGCGCCUCUCUAGUGGAUGAUGAUGCUACAGUACGUUCGGCGGCCGCGAAGGCAUUUGAUGUACUUCAAGAACAUCUCGGCGCGAAAGCAAUUGAUCAGACAAUUCCCACCUUGUUGGAGGCAUUGCGCCAGCCAGGCGCAAGCUCAGACACCGCACUCCAAGCUUUGAGGGAGGUCAUGUCGGUCCGGGCGUCUACUGUAUUCCCUGUUCUCAUCCCAACCUUGAUUGCUACACCUAUGACGGUUUUCAACGCCAGAGCUCUGGCGUCUCUCGUCACCGUUGCUGGGCAUGCCUUGAGCAAGCGUCUCAUUGUCAUUCUUGGAGCAUUAGUAAAGGUUUUGGAAGAAGAGAAAGAUGAUGAGCUACAGAGCGCUAUUGACGAGGCUGUUCGCGCACUUUUGGCCUCGAUAGAAGAUCCGGAAGGUUUGAAUACCUUGAUGUUACUCCUUCUUGGAUGGGCCAAGAAUGAUGCGCCAAAACGUCGGAUCAGCUCCUGCGAUCUCUUUGCAGUGUUCUGCGAGGAGUCUGACCUCGAUUCCUCGUUAUACCGUGUUGACUGGGUCCGGCAGCUUGUUUCUCUCUUUGAUGACCAAGAGGUUCCAGUCCACACUGCGGCUUGGCGUGCAUUUGACGUAUUCGUCAAGUCAAUGCCCAAGGAUGAGCUGGAGUCCCUCGUGGUGCCCCUACGCCGGACAAUUGAGAGCACCGGUGCACCUGGCCGAUACGUUCCUGGUUUCAGCCUGCCAAAGGGUGUCGCACCCACAGUCCCUAUCAUUAUUGCUGGUCUCACGGCUGGAAGCAAUGAACAACGCGAAAAUGCAGCAUACGCUAUCGGUGACUUGGUUGAACGGACGGAGGAGGCUGCUAUCAAACCUUUCGUGGUGCCAUUCACUGGGCCCCUCAUUCGUGUUGCAACACAAGCCACCACAUAUCCUCCUGGUGUGAAGACUGCUAUCCUCAGUGCACUGGCCUCCAUGCUCGAGAGAAUCCCUGGUCACGUUAAACCCUUCUUCCCUCAGCUUCAGCGCACGUUUGUUAAGGCGGUCAGCGAUGCGUCCUCUGUUGUCGUACGAACUCGUGCAGCAGACGCUUUGGGUAUCCUCAUGCACAGUCAGCCAAGAGUGGAUCCUGUUAUCACAGAACUUAUCGCUGGUGCAAGAUCCAGCGAGGAGGAGAUUGCUGCCAGUUUCGUCCUUGCAUUAUCGAAUGUGGUGAAGAGUUCUUCUGCGCACGGUGGUAUCGGAGAAAAGGCUAGAGAAUCAUGCAUCGAACUUGUGAAUGACGCAUUCCGGGAAACACACGAGGAUCACUACGUUCAGGCAACGGCGUCGUUGAUAGCGUCAUUGUCGGCGAAUCCGCAAUCACUGAAGCCGAUUGUAAAUGCACACUUGAUCUCUGGAACACCUCCAUCAACUUUAGCAUCGCAUGCCAUCCUUGCUGUCCUAUCUCCGGAUUCAGACAACUAUCUUGAGCCAACAGCCACGCUGUUCGCCCAACUGGGACUCUUGCGUAGUGUUGCUAUGAAGGUCAAAGAAAGUGUCGCCAAUGAACGCUCCACGAUAUCAAGACCUGCAAGAGAAGCCAGAGAUAUAUUGAAAAACAUGGUAGCGGACGAGGAGAGCCUUGCUGGGAUAUUCUGAUGUAAUUUGGGUGUGCACUAUCUUGAUGAUCUCACGAACAUUAUCUACGAUCCUCGAGCGUUACCAAUGAGCUCGCGCUACCAAAACAUUGAGACACAUAGCAUUCCCCAUAGUUACAAAAAUGUAGAACACUUAGGCGGAUGCAUUGCAAUAUAGGAACCGAAGUUAGACAAA